UUAAUGAUAACCCAAUCACCUUUUUAGUCACUUUUUGAAAAUAUCAUUGGAUAAAUGAAAAGAGGAGAAAGUUAGAGUGCUUUGAUUGAAAUAGAUAGAUAAUUAAAAAGGCCAAAAUUUAAUCAGACUGAAAAAAAAUAAUUACAAUUAUUGAAAGGAUCAAUAUUAGUAUAGAUUGGAGCAUUAGGUGAUGCUAAAAAAAUAUUGAAUGAAAAUUUAAAUGAAGCUGAAUUAGAAGUCAUUUAAUUGUAUUCUAAUUUAUGUAAAGAUCUAAAUAUGAUGAAUAAUUAUUUUGAAAAAUUCAAACCAUAAAAUUUGGAAUAAAUAAAAGAAUUUUAUUCAUAAUUGAUAUAAGGUCAUAGAUUUUAAGAGGCAUCAUCAUAUGCUAUUAAAAUUUUUAAGGCAGAAGGAGAAAAAAAUUAAGAAUUUAUGAUGGAAUAUAUUGUAUUAUUGAGUUAAAAGGAAGAUAUGGGAGGCAAAAUUACAGAAAUGUUUAUUGAUAAGGUGGCAAAAAAUAUCAAAUUAGAGAAGUAAAAAUUUUAAAUGAUAUAGCAAUUUGAAGCUUUGUACAAAUGAAGAAUUAGGAGCUUAAUUAAUUAAAUUUUAGUUGAAAUUUUAUUAGAAUAACAAAAACAAAAAUGUGGAUAAAGUUUAAUAAAUUUUAGAUAAUCAUAGUGUUUUAUUUGUAGAAUAUUAAUAAAAUGCAGCAAUUUCUUUGUGGAUUUAUCAAAAUAAUCCUUCAGGUAUAUAAUUAAUAAAAUAAUUUUUAGAAUUUACUUAUGAAUAAACUCUUAAAUAUCAUUAUUAAGUGUAUAAUUCAUUAGCUACAGAUUAAAUACUUAUUAAUUUUGAAUGUUAAGAAUAAUUAGUAUUAGCAUUUUAUACUGAAGUAUUUUAAUUAGAAAUUGAAUAAAUAGAAAAACCCUUUUAAAUAGUUCCUAAAGAUAAAUUAUUGAGUCACAUUUAUAAUAGUUGUUAAUUAUUAUUAAAAACAAUAACAAAUAGUUUAGCUUUAAAACAACUUAUACUCAUUUCAUUAAAAAUAUUAAACUUAUCAUAAAAUCCUAAUAUUGAAGAGAUUUUAAGAUUGGUUGAGUUGCUAUUUUAAUAAUAAGGAGAUAAAUAUACAUUUUGUACUGAAUUAUUUAAAGCAAUUCCAAAAAUAAAAUUACAUAAAGAAAUAUACAAUACUAUUCAAAAAGUAAAAACAUAAUCUAAGUCUAAAGAGGCAGAAACUAUAGCACAUAUUAAUUUGAAAAAAUUAGAAAUUUAUAUUUCAGAAGAACCUACAAAAUAUUUAGAUGAAUUAAUAACAUUAUAUCAAUCUUAUCCUGUUCCAGAAAAGGUUGAAAAAGGAGAUAGAUUAUUAUAAGAUGAAUAUUUAAUGAUUGCUAUUGAUAUUCUGUAUGAUGUAAAUGAUUUUGAAAAGAUAAUAAAAAGUUUAGAAUUAAUAGAUUUAGGAUUAAAAAAUUCACCAUAUAAUUUUGAUUUCUUAUUUAGAUAAAUUAUUUUAUUAUCUGAAUUAGGAUUAGUAGAAUAGGCUAUUGAAUCUCUAACAAGAUUAGAUAUAAAAGGAGUUUAAUUUGAAACAUUAGGUAUGUCUUUUGCAAAAUCCUUUCUUGAAUUUGGAGGUAAUUUAGAUUAAGUUGAAAGAAAAAAUUAAUAAGCUUUAAUAUUUUAUUUAGAAAAUGUAAGAGAAUCUAAGAAAAAUUUAUUGACAUCAUUUAAAAUGAAGAAUUAUGUACCAUUUGAAUCAUUUCAUUAAUUUGAAGACUGGAUUUCAAAUUCUUAUAUUAAAUUAAUUUAUUAUUUUGUAUAAUGCACUUUAUUUAAUGAGAAACAGAAAUAAUAGAGUAAUGUAGAAUAUUUUUGUGAGUAAAUUUAAAAUAAAUUAAAAUCACCUUCAACUUUCUCAAUUUAAGAAACUCAUUUCCAAAGCUAUUUUAUUAGAGAAUUUAAUAAUAAUAAUUUAAAAUAUGAUAAUUAUAUUGGAAUAUAUCAAAGUCAAAAAUAAUUACUUUUAGAAACUUUAUUUUUAUCUGUAAAUAUAUAAUUUUUUAUUCUAUUUAGUUUAAUAAUGAAUUAUUGGAAUUAAAAAAUGAUAUCUAAAAUGUUUAAAAAGUUUUGAAUGCAUAUAAAGAAAUUGUGAAUGUCCAAUAAAAUUAUUAAGAGAUUAACCUAAAUUAUAGAAACCAAUUAGAAAAUUAACCUAUGUAAAUAAAUUAUCUAUUUGAUUACAAUGAGUAAGUUUUGAAAAAUUAAUAUAACUAGGUUUAUUAUUCAAGAGAGAGAACUUAGAUUGUCAAUUGCUAGAUUUUAUAUAUCUAUAUAUCAACCUCAAAAUGAUAUUCCAACAAAUGAUUAUUUAGUUGAUCUAUCAAAACUAUAGGAUCUAUAAAAUAUCAUUCAAAAAGUAUUAAAUUGUUAAGAAAUGCCAACAAAUUCAAUAAGAAUACUGAAUCGUUUAUACAAGAACAUCUUUCCAAUUUUUAUACUCCUUAUAAAGCAUUAAGCUGAAAUAAAAUAAAAAUUAUUUUCAUUAUAAAAAAAAGCUUAAGGUGAUGCCAAGAAUAUUUUGGAUAAAGCCCAUAAAUAAAUAGUUUAGACUUUAAAUACUUUUAAAGAAGAAUUGGUUCAAUUAAGUACAAAAUUAUUGAUGUUUAUUAAAAAUGAAUUUCCACAAUAGAUUAAAUAACAAUUAAAGUAUUGAUUAUAUGAUGAAUUUUAGUAAAUCUCUAAAUAACAAAGAGAUGAUACAAAUUUUAGAAUCGAAUUUACAGUUUUAAGCUUUAUCAAUAUAAUCAAUGAUUGAAGAAAAGUUAAAGCAGUUGAAAUGA